AUGCGAUCACCUCCCAUUGAUCUGAAUACUUUAUCUACUGAACUACAUAAAAUCGCUCAAGCCAAAACAAAAUUAGAAGAUUUCGCGGUGAAACGGAAUGAACUGUUAGCUGAACUUGCAGAUUUUCAGCAGUCUAAGAAAUUUAUUGAGGAAACACAAAAAACUAUCAGUGAUUUAAAUGAGGAAAAGGAUGCACAUAGCGAAAUCAUUCAACAAAUUAAUAUGGAUAAACAAGAGUUAGAAAAAAUGAUGAAUUCUGCAAAGGAAGAAAAGCGACAAAUGGAGGAAAGUAUUAGCCAAAAGUACGAAGAGAUUUUUCGAUUACUCGAACAGACCAACGAAUUAUCCAGAGAAAGUGGUGUUGCUGAAGAAGAUCUUAUUUCUCCUUCAAUUAUACCGCCUAAUAAAAUUACUCCAAAUAUCCCUGGAAUUGGGCCGUUGCAAGCAGUAAGUACAGGUGUUCCUGCUUUACUGCAUCAUUUCAAGAUGAAUUCCAUGCCAGCUGUAGUUCAACGCGCAAUGUUUAAUUUUGACUCUAUGUUAUUGCAAGCUGCAGCAGGGACAUCUACUAUGACAAGACCUCAAACUAUACCACCACAUUCAUUCCCUACGAGCUCAAAUCUCGUUAAAGUUGAUCAUCAAUCACCGCCUAUGAAGACGUGUCAGUCGUGUUUCCAGCAGAUUCAUCGGAAUGCUCCGAUUUGUCCGAUGUGUAAAACGCAAGAGCUUGAACUAGAAUCGAUGGAUGUGUCAUCUUUGAGUAAAGAAUUAUUUAAAUUAUCAGCCGCAAACCAAAAGUUGAACGAGUUUACUGAGAGAUUAAAUGAUUUACGUAUUGCUCUCAAUGAAUUUCGGGAAAUCUGUAUAUUUAUUAGUAAAUGUGAGCAGUUGCGAGCUGAUUUGGAAGGUGAACGCAGAUCACAUGCAGAAGAACUGCGACAAAUUAAUCAAGAUAUCAAUCAUUUGGAGGAUGCAUUUAAAAGUUUAAAAAAUGGAAAUAGUGCGAAAAGAGAUAGAAUUGCAAAAAAAUAUCAAGAAGUCGAGAGGGAACUGGAUCUUACAAAUGAAGUACUAUGCGAAAGUGGUAUUCCAGAAACAGAUUUGUUAACAAAUGAGAUUCUUCUCCCGUCUCAGUUUGAUGAGGUUAUUGAAAACAAUGCUGCAAAUCAUUUGGCUCUAAUGACACCUAUGUUGUUAAACCAUAUAUCGCAUUUAUCAUUUCUGGAUCUGUUAAAUCCGCACUUUUUGGAAAUUUCUGAGAGAUUUGCUGGAACAUCAUCCGCUGGUGGUGCUGCGAUUAGAAACAUGGCAUCAACCAUUAACGAACCGGCCAAAAUGAAGGUGAAAUGUCAGUACUGUGAACACUUGAUACAUCGAAAUGCUCCUGUAUGCCCACGAUGCAAGUCAAAAAGUCGUUCGAGAUGUCACAGAAGAUCAAGAAAAAUGGGACCAUAA